AUGCACCUCGGUUGUGUUAGCUGCCUGGUUGUUCCACGGCUUUGUCGGGGCAAGCCAACAAUACACCUUCCGCUCUGGAUAUCCUCGCUGGCGGACUGUCCCGACCUGUCGAUCUGCGUGAUCCCCACGGAAAACGCGGCGCGCUUCCUGGCCGGCCAGUCGCGGGAGCAGCCCCCCUCGCCUCCCUCCCCAACGGCCGACUCUGUCCGUCGGGACGAGGACGAGCGGAGCGAGCCGUGGGACAACGACCCCGCGAGCGGGAAGAGGAUCUUGGUCGCGCCCUCGAUGAACACCUUCACGCGGACCCAGCCGGCCACGGCGCAGCAGCUUCCCACGCUCACGCACGCACGGGGCGUCGCCGGGGCCGACGCAAGGGCGGGAUGGUACGAGGUCUUGCUGCCGCAAAGCAGUAAGGCUUUGGCCUGCGGCGACGUGGGCCAGGGGGGGAUGUGCGAUUGGGAAGAUAUCGGCGAUGUGAUUCGAGAGCGGCUAGCUCUUCCGCCCAAAAGCUUAGUUGUGCCGGGUGAAAGUAAGGAUACCAGUUAG